AGCGAUGCUGGGGACUGGGCUGCAUUUAUCCCGGGCUCCUGAUUGCUUGGGGUGGAGGUGUGCGGGGACAGGGGGUGGGGCCCUUGGCCCGCUGCUAUCUCCAGCCCCCGGCGGCGUGCGGGCGGCGCACUCAUUCGCCCGCCCGGCGGAAGGUUACAGCGGGGGGCGCGCUGCCUGUAAAGCCCGGCCCGGCGGGCGGGGCCGGCCAGUGCUGGCUGAGGCCCCGGCGGAGCCGGUCGCGUCGUGGGAGGCGGCGGCGGCGGCGCCGCCAUGUCUCAGGAGCCGGAGAUCCUGGAGUCCCGGGUGAUGUGGGAGCCCGACUCCAAGCGCAACACCCAGAUGGACCGGUUCCGGGCCGGCUUGGUCGGCGCCUGCGGGCUGCGCCUGGCCAACUACAAUGAGUUGUACCAGUGGUCUGUCGAGUCCUACUCUGAUUUCUGGGCAGAAUUUUGGAAGUUCAGUGAGAUUGUCUUCUCUCAUCUAUAUGAUGAGGUAGUUGACCCAUCUAAGGGAAUUGCAGAUGUUCCAGAGUGGUUUAAAGGCAGUCGGCUCAACUAUGCAGAAAACCUUCUGAAGCAUAAGGAAAAUGACAAAAUUGCUCUCUAUGCAGCGAAGGAAGGCAAAGAAGAAAUCUCGAAAGUCACUUUUGAAGAGCUAAGACAAGAUGUAGCUUUGUAUGCUUCGGCCAUGAGGAAAAUGGGAGUGAAAAUAGGAGACAGAGUUGUUGGUUAUUUGCCCAAUGGUAUUCACGCAGUGGAAGCAAUGCUGGCUACUGCAAGUAUUGGUGCUGUUUGGAGUUCAACUUCGCCUGACUUUGGAAUUAACGGCGUACUGGACAGGUUUUCCCAAAUUCAGCCCAAGCUGAUCUUCUCUGUUGAAGCUGUCGUAUACAAUGGCAAAGAACAUAACCACAUGGAAAAACUGAAUAAUGUAGUAAAAGGACUCCCAGAUUUAAGAAAAGUGGUGGUGAUUCCAUAUGUUUCAUCGAGAGAAGUGAUAGAUAUUUCUAAAAUACCAAACAGUGUUUUUCUAGAAGAUUUCCUGGCUACUGGGAAAGGAGACCAGGCCCCCCAGCUGGAGUUUGAACAGCUGCCCUUCAGUCAUCCUCUCUUUAUCAUGUAUUCAUCUGGCACAACAGGAGCACCAAAAUGCAUGGUUCAUUCAGCAGGGGGCACACUAAUUCAGCACCUGAAGGAGCAUAUUCUUCAUGGCAACAUGACUAGCAAUGAUGUUAUUAUGUACUAUACAACGACUGGCUGGAUGAUGUGGAAUUGGUUAGUGUCUGCGCUUGCUGCAGGAGCUUCAGUGGUCUUGUAUGAUGGAUCUCCUCUUGUUCCAUCACCCAAUGUGCUCUGGGAUUUGGUUGACCGGCUGGGGAUCACCAUCCUUGGAACAGGUGCAAAGUGGCUGGCUGUAUUAGAAGAGAGAAACUUAAAACCAUGUGACACCCAUAAUCUUCAAACACUUCAUACUAUACUAUCUACAGGGUCACCACUCAAAUCACAAAGCUACGAGUAUGUCUACAAACAUAUAAAGAGCAGUGUCCUCCUGGGAUCCAUUUCAGGUGGAACAGAUAUCAUUUCAUGUUUCAUGGGUCAGAAUGUUACAAUCCCAGUUUACAAAGGAGAGAUUCAGGCCAGGAACCUGGGCAUGGCAGUGGAAGCAUGGAAUGAUGAAGGCAAACCAGUUUGGGGGGAAAGCGGUGAGCUGGUUUGUACCAAGCCUAUGCCGUGUCAGCCUACACACUUCUGGAAUGAUGAGAAUGGAAACAAAUACAGGAAAGCUUAUUUUUCAAAAUUCCCAGGUGUUUGGGCCCACGGUGACUACUGCAAAAUAAAUCCUGAGACUGGAGGAAUCAUCAUGCUUGGCCGCAGUGAUGGUACGCUAAAUCCAAGUGGAGUGAGAUUUGGAAGUUCCGAAAUCUAUAACAUAGUGGAAGCCUUUGAGGAGGUUUCAGAUAGUCUCUGUGUCCCUCAGUACAACAAAGAAGGGGAGGAAAGGGUGAUCCUCUUCCUGAAGAUGGCGUCGGACCAGGUGUUCAGUCAGGAUCUGGUGAAAAGGAUUAGGGAUGCGAUACGCAUAGCGCUGUCUGCCAGACAUGUUCCUAGCCUCAUUCUAGAAACCAAAGGCAUUCCGUACACAAUAAAUGGGAAGAAAGUUGAAGUGGCUGUGAAGCAGAUCAUUUCAGGGAAGGACGUUGAUCAGCGGGGAUCUUUCUCAAAUCCAGAGACGCUGGAUUUGUACCAAAAUAUUCCUGAGCUUCAGAAUUUCUGAAUCUGUUGCAUCUCUGUGUUCUGUGUUUUUUUUUGUAUAUAUGAAUACUGUAUGUAAAGAGAAAACUAUUUAAAUACCAGUGGUUCUUUUAAAGGAAAAAUAUUUCAUUAAGUACAUUAUGAAAGGCUUGGGUAAAAUGUAGCUACCUUUUACUAGAUGAAUAGGCAAUGUGUCUUGGAGUCUGUCUUUAAGCCUGGAAGAGGGAAACUACCUGUUGGGUUUUUAUACAUGUGACAAAUGCAUCUUUUCUGGUUUGAUUUAUAUCAACAACCUGACAAACUAGAACCUGAAUAGCAAACUGUUUCCAAUUGAUAAUGGAAUAUUGUGUUCAUAAAACUGACUUUUUUCCUUUUAUUUUUUUAAAUGGAAUUCAAGCUAUUUAUUUAAAAUAACACAGUUAGAGCCACGUGCAGGGAGUAUGUGGCUUUUUUUAAAUACUUGAUGUUUGUCCUAUGCCGGAGGGUAAAGGCAUGUCAGCAUGGCCAUGAAAUAUACAAGUAUGCAAUACUUUUUAAUGUGUUUUUUAUAAAGCCACAUCUUAAUUCACAGCUGCUACUCUGAAACCUCUCAUUUGACUGACUCAGUUUGAGCACAGUCUUGAAAUGUCUCAUUGUACCCUUGGAGGUAAUUGCUGCUUCAUUUUGUGAUAUCUUCACAUAUAGUUUUAAGUUUUUAGCUAAUAUGUUUUUAUAGUUUUUUUUUUUUUGUUUUUUUUUUUGGGAGGGGGCAAGUGCUGUCAUUUGUUGGUGAAAAUCCAGUGUUUGUCUGAUUUUCAGUGGAAUUACAUCAGUGUAACUGAGAAUAGAAUUUGACUCUUACUGCUCUAAAAUCCAUUAUUAGAGUUUGAAGGCAAAAAUCCAGUAUUGCAUUAGCUGAACAACUCCAGUUAUUAAUGUAAUAAAAGCCAAUGUUUUUGUAAGACUUUUUUUUUUUUUACUAAAUGUGAUGUUGGAAGUGAAAAACUAAAUUUUUUUAAUUCUUUAUCCUUCUAGUUUAUAAAGGGAAAAAACCUUUUACAAGUAUGUUGACACUAUAAAAUGGAAACACACCUAUUUCACAAAGAAGAUGCAACUGCAAUAGGUAUACAGAACCCCUGGCAUUCAAGAUCCCAUGCAGUAUUUGAAUAUUGUGGGUAAAGUAUUUAAUGCGUUAAAAUCAUGGGGUAUCCUUAAUUGUGUUCAGUGCAUUCAAUGCUGUUAAUAUGUUAAACUUAAUAAAAAUGAAACCGAUCCUUAAGUGUUGGUUUUUAUUUU